AUGGACUAUCCAAAGAAUCCACAUAGUCCACCACCGGAGCAAGAGACCGAACAACACCAUCCUACUAAUCCAGUUGACCCCUGGGCAUCACCUCUGCGUCGAAAUAGAUAUCGGCGACAGUCUUCCCUGGGCACAAUACGAUUUGCGGAUGAGAUCCAACAGCAUUCGUCACCGUCUGCAUCAAAAGAUGCGGUUGAGAUGGAACCAGUCGAGAAGCAUGCGAAUGCCCUGGGAAUUAUUACAAAUGCAAGGCCAAUCUCUAUCCGUCGAGUACAGGUAGGAAGUCGAGCUGGACAGACCCCGCCCACCCCCUCGAAAGCUUUCUUCUCUAACCUAAAGAGCCCUGAUCGGACCGCCCCAUCACCACCUUCGUCUAUAAACCCUCACUUUUCGAAUAUCAGCUCAUUGUCAUCUCCUCCAACACCAGGGUCUGGAAAGCCAUUAUUGUCGCACUUGCAGAGUAAUGAGCCAGAGAGUUAUUCUUUUGACAGAGGGGGUCUGACAACCAUGUCUGAACAAGAAAAUGGUGGAAAUGAUAUAACAAAUGGAAAACAGCAAACUUCUCCUGACAAUUCAAAUGCUGCAUAUGAUGCAAGGAGAUACCCGGAAUGCGAGUAUGAUAGGGACGGAAGAUUUGUGUACGAGCAGGAGAAUGGUAGUAAUGGAAACUUCAACGGUAAUGACAACGACAAAGCCAGCUUGUUGGAUGGGUGCCCCGCAAAGCACGAUAUAUAUUCUUCGAGGAACAGCUGGCUUUCGGUGUCUUUUUUAAUACUCUCUAUAUAUUCGACUGUUUUCUCUGGAAUCUACCUCAUUCUUGCGCUUGUUCAACCAAGAUAUGGUUGGGGUAUUCAUACAGGGGGGAGACUCCCACCUUCAACAGCUUCGACGCUUUUUGCCAUGGUAGCGAAAACGAUUGAGUUGUCAUUUGUUACCGUCUUUAUAACAUUUCUGGGUCAAGUACUCAGUCGAAGAUCUCUUAUCAAGGCAUCCCGCGGCGUCACCAUUGCGGAAUUAACAAUGCGAACAUGGGUCAUUCAACCAGGAUUUAUGAUCACACACUGGCAGACUCUUCAGCAUGCAGGACUUACCAUUCUGGGUGCUAUCACUAUAACUGCUGCUCUUAUGGCCAUGCUUUACACGACAGCCUCAAAUGCCCUUGUCUCUCCGCAUUUAAAGUAUGGUGGUUGGCAAAAUAAGUUAAUGUAUGGCUUAGUCAAAACAAGUUACGCUGAUGCACCUUAUAUUGCAAAGACUUGCCGCACUCCAGUCAAAUUUGAAGUUGACCCAGAUGCUGGGACCACAUGCUUGUCAAUAUUACAUGUUGGACAAGCGCAACAUAAUUAUGUCACCUUCCUUGGCAAUUGGACAGGCAUCAAUAUAGACGGCAGAGGUAUUUCCUCUAAUUUGUCACAACGGCCUCAGGCUCCCGCUCUGAUGUUCGAUAAUACUACAGUCACUGGAAGCUGGAUUAUGACAGAGACAAGCAACGUGACUGCUGCGUAUAAUAACCACAGCAGGAUAAUCAAUAAUGUGACCAUGGCCAUGCCUCAUGCCGGUGUCGUUGCUGCUGCACGUCAAGAACGAAAUGCUAUAUUGCAACCAGAAGAACUAGACGGAGUGGGAGAGUAUUCCGUUAGAGCUGCGGUAGUCAGUCCAGCUAUCAAUGUCCUCUGCGCCAACAUGAAUGCCAAAGAGCUGGCACCGCUUGUCUACGAUCAAUGGCCCCAUCACAGCAAUGCGUCUGCUGAUCAAAUUGGCCAGCCUGGUCACGAUGGAGAUUUGAUACCCGUACCACCGUCGAAAUUUCUAAACACGACAGUUGUUGACGACAUAUUUGAAUGGGGCGAGUCUGAGACGUACAGUCGCCAACCACCAAUUUUCGCAACAUUCCCCAUGGAAUACAACUCAAUCGUGAAUGUCUCGGCAAAGGCUAUUGACUAUGCUUCCAGAGACUCGAUUUACCUCCUCAUCAAGGCCCCAGAUAUAUCAACGCAGAAUUAUACCCUAUGUCGAAUUCGAUCUUUCCUCUCUCCAGACUGCAGUACACACUAUAAUGUCUCAGGGAAGACAGGCGGGAAAUUAAUCUCAAACUGCGAAGACCCAAAUGACGAAAAUGCUUACAUCCGGUCGGCCCCUGAUGCACCCACGGUUGGAAAAGCACCGGACUGGAUGGACGUUGGAUCUACUUGGAUGACUGCUUUAUCCUUGGGGACCGGGAUCACCAACGCAAACGCCUCAAUUUCAAGGCUCCUUUCUCAACUCGUCAUUGUGGAGGAAGAUGGUGUUCCGCUAGCAUUAAACCCUGUGAUGCCUAGUCUUGCAGAGUCUCUUGCCGUCCUGGCUGGGAGCACCUUGCUUGUGAGUAGCACAGAUGCGACGUUCAAGCACUCCUGGAACUACUCGAGCCCUAUAUUGGAAGGACAACAAAUGUCUUUUAGUGCCUCCCUGGCCUCGCAAGAAUACACAUCGGGUCCCACCCAAAAUUGGCAAUCAAUGUUCUAUAUUGUGCUGCUAUUCAUAUUUUGCACCAAUGUUUUCUGUCUCAUCUACUUUAUAAUGCGUGCAGGCCUCGUCACCGACUACACGGAGCCUCAAAAUUUAUUUGCACUUGCAGUCAAUAGUCCUCCUUCGAGGCACCUGGAAGGAAGCUGUGGAACUGGACCGGAAGGAAAUCAGUUCAACGUCGAUUGGCAUGUGAGUCAAGAAGACGCUUCUGGACACUUCUUCAUUAAGAAUGGCCCAGGGCGUUUGGACAACACUAAGAGCUUUCUGGGGCUGAGGAGGAGGACGGGAAGGCCGAAAGAAUUGAAACAUGCGUCGAGCUAUAGUAUGCUUAGUAGUAAGCGGAAGAGCUGGCUUUAA